CGAACUAACGCCGGACGCAAGAAGAAAAACGAAAAAGGGAAAAACGAAAAAAAGGAAAGCGAAAAAAAAAAAAAAGAAAAAAGAAAAGAAAGGAGGUCUCAUUGAGUCAUACGCAUGAGCAGCAGUCGGUGGCUGCUGUAGGCCACCCAGUGUCUGAAAGCCUGUUGGACCACCACGUUUCACGUCAUCCACCACUGCACAAUCCAACCCCAACCCCCCCUCUCCAGGCCCCCUUCCCCCUUCCCCUCUUAGGGUCGGGCCUUUCCUUGGCCGCCUUUCCAGAAGUCAUGUCGAGGAAAGUCCCUCACGCCGCCUUCUGUGAGGAAUACGAUGAAGAUGCCCAUGUCAUCCUCCCAGAAACCCGUCAAGUCGCCAACCUCACUUCCAAGCGUUCUAAGCCUGCCUUGAGAUCGCCUGCUUCCCCCCUAGUCGAUGUUGCCAGUGAUUCCGGUUAUUCUAGUCGCACCGCCGCCACCGUCAACAGCACCCAAUCUGGGCCGUCGGGCCGGAAGAGCCCUGUCCCUCUUAAAUUAGACACCUCCCUCGUCAAGCGAGCUGACCUCGACCGCGUCGUUCGAUCCAAAGUCAGAGAACGUCCCAAAGACCGGAUCGCUCGUCCACCUCGUGAGGACAAAAUGCAAGUCGGUCCCUACCCCAACGGCGUGGGCCAUGCUCCUGCCCACGCCCAGCGGUCUCCAUCCCGGUCUCGAGGACGCGAGAGUUCUCAAGUGCGGCACUUCCCUGGUGCUUGCUGGGAGUGCGACAACGGAUUGUAUCAUGCCUCGACUCCUGUCGAAAGCCGACCGAUGGAUUAUCCUUACUACAUGUCACAGCCUCCCUCGUCGGGUCAGGACUAUCCUCCCCCUUCGCCGCGUGAUCCUCGCUACAAUCCCAACCCUGUCCAGGAUAUUCAGGUGUCGCGCAGCACCCGCCCUCCCGCCCGAGGCAGUGCCUCCAUGUACCAUCCCAACAACCGACCUGUCAGCUUCCACGGUAUGAUACCAGGGAUGGGACAAAUGAUGUACCCACCAUCCAACAUGGGUCGCUACGAACAUGGCCCCCCGCUGUCCUCGUCAGCGUAUGCCAACAGCCCGUCGUACGCCCCCUCCCAUUACGGUCAGCAGUCCUACUACGGUAUGCCCGACUUCGUGCCUCCUGCCGAGCAUCGACAGGGGCGCUCGGUUUCCAGCACGCGGGAUCAGCCCCGUGGUCGGCGCCAGUCUCUAUACGGUUCGCCAGUGGUUGACUACGACUCUGCCUCGGCCGCCUUCGAUGACGAGGAGGCCUUGGAUCCUAGCCCGCCGCCGCCUCGUGAGCCUCGGCCCCGAAUUCCUUCUCACUCUUCUCAUGAACGCGACGAGGAUUACUACCGCAUGCCUCCACCACCAAUCAAGCACAAGCCUACUCCGCAUAUCAUCCAGAAACGCCCCGAGCCGCGGAAAAUGGCAACAGCGCCAUCCAUCACAUCCGACCGUCACUCUACUCGGUCUUUCGAGAUGAAUGAUUUGAAGGAUGCGUUGCCCGAUGGCUACGGAUACCGGCGCACCCCUCGAGAGACCGUCGUCCCUGAGCGGAGCCGCAGUUUCCGCCGCCCGCCGACUGCGUAUCAUGGAUCUGCGCGACCGUCUCGAAUUGCGGUUGAGAAUUCCCGUCGCCGUCGAUCAACGGUGUACGACUUCCCGGACGAUGAUGAAGAGGACGAUGACGAGGAGGAGGAGGAUGACGAGAUGGAUGAGAAACAUCGCGAGGCAGAGGAGUAUCAAGCCACCCGAACGGCCAAGGCGGUGCCUCCGGCGCCGCCCGUCCCAUUGACGGCCGAUGCCCUCUACAAAGCCAAGGGAACUCAUCGCGCUGAGAGUGACAGUGGAAGUCAGAAGAGCCGCUCGAACAGCAGCCGCGGCAGCGAUGCCCGAACGCAGACUGGCAGCAAUGCCGGAUCCAAACCCGAAGAGGAUAAUAACAUCGUCAUGACGCUUAACGGCGUCACUAUGAGCUUCCCGCAGGACUCAGUUGGCGGAAAGAGGAUCAGUGUUCGGACUGGCGAAACCGGCGCAGUCGAGCUGAACAUUGAAGGCAAACAGCGACCGAAGAAAUACCUAACCAACGGGUCUGAGUACACUGGCAGCGUGGCUCCUAGUCGGCGGGAGAUCGAAGACAGCCGUCGGGCGCGGAGUGACCGCAAGUCUGAUCGUGCCAGUCACCGUUCCAGCCGGUCGAGCUAUGGUCGGUACUAGUUGAAUGGCCAUCUUGGUCACAAGAUGCCGUCGUUCCACGCCUGUCUUUUGUUUUGACACACGCACACUUCAUGGGUUAGGUUUCUGGAGCGAAGAGCGCUGUUUGCCAAAAAGUUCUUCUAUCUUUCUUGGGCGGUCAUUGUUCUACCAAUUAAGAACACUCAAAUGCCACACGUCUGAUACAUUCUGU